ACAUUUGGUAUUUAUAUUGUAGUUCUCUCCACCCUGCUCAUGACGCGAUCAAUAACGUUGGUACCUCCUUUUCUUUAUAGAAAAUUGUCGACGCUGACGAAUUCUGUUGUAUUUGUGUCUCAUUCUGCGGGCUUAAAGUAGAUCUCUUUUGCUGGUUGAUUGUUUUAAUAAGUUAAAAGUUGUCAUUUCUAAAUGGAUUUUCCAACCUUCAGUGUUUCUAUUCAGAUGUUUGGCUUCGUAUUUUUCGUGCUUAUGGCGCACAUCGCUAAUGGAGACGUAAGCUAUUCUUUUCCAGAAGAGAUGAAGCGUGGAUCUGUGAUAGGAAAUAUAGCCAAAGAUCUCGGGCUCGAUGUAAGCAGACUGUCAUCUCGAAAAGCUCGCAUCGACACUGAGGGCAACAGAAAACAAUAUUGUGAUAUUAAUCCGAAUACUGGAGAAUUGACUGUGGCUGAGAAGAUCGACAGAGAGGCGCUUUGUGGAAAGAAAUCUGCAUGCGUUAUAAAACAGGAACUCGUGCUUGAAAAUCCUUUAGAGCUGCAUCGAUUCAUUAUCAAUAUUCAGGAUAUAAAUGAUAAUUCACCACAGUUCACGGAAUAUGUUAUUGAAAUCGAAAUACAGGAAUCAGCAGACAAAGGAUCUCGUUACUUAUUAGAUGAGGCCCACGAUGCCGACAUUGGUGUAAAUUCUGUUCAGUCGUAUACGUUGCAAAAUAACGAGCACUUCCUUCUGAAUGUUUUGACAAGGGAUAAUGAAAGAAAAUAUGGAGAGCUUGUGCUGAAUAAAGAAUUGGAUCGUGAGCAGCAGAAAGAGGUGAAUUUAAUUCUUACUGCGGUUGAUGGUGGGACUCCACCGAGAUCAGGUACUGUAGCCAUACACGUCACUGUGCUGGAUGCUAAUGAUAAUGCUCCAGUCUUUAGUCAGGCCGUCUAUAAAGUCAGUCUGCCUGAAAAUUCUGCUGUAGAUACUCUAGUGGUUACAGUGACCGCUACUGAUGCUGACGAAGGACAAAAUGGAGAAGUCACCUAUGCAUUUAGUCAUUUAUCAGAAAAGAAUCGGCAAUUAUUUUUCCUCGAUGUACGGUCAGGGGAAAUUAAACUAGCAGGGCUUCUUGAUUAUGAAGAGGAGAGCUCGAUUGAACUGGCUAUUCAGGCUAAAGAUGUUCCGGGGUUAGCCAGUUAUUCUACUGUACUUAUUGAUGUUGUUGAUGUGAACGAUAACGCCCCAAUUAUUAUAAUUAAAUCACUGAAUAGUCCCGUUCCUGAGAAUGCGUCACCCGGUACAGAGGUUGGCAUCAUUAAUGUGCAGGACAGAGACUCUGAGAAUAACGGACAAGUGCGCUGCUCCAUUCAGCAAAACGUCCCAUUUAAACUCGUACCUUCUAUCAAAAAUUAUUAUUCUCUAGUGACCACAGGUGAAUUAGACCGCGAGUUAGUGUCUGAUUAUAAUAUCACAAUUACUGCUACUGAUGAGGGGACUCCGCCUUUAUCUUCCACUAAGAAUAUUCACUUUACUGUAGCUGACGUGAAUGAUAAUCCACCUGUAUUUAAAGAGCAGAAUUACAGAGCUCACCUGCAAGAAAAUAACAAACCGGGCUCCUCUAUUUGUUCAGUGUCAGCUACAGACCCGGACUGGAGACAGAAUGGCACUGUAGUUUAUUCUCUGUUACCUUCUGAUGUCAACGGCGCACCGGUUUCCUCGUUUUUAUCCAUCAAUGGAGACACCGGGGUCAUUCAUGCCGUGAGAUCGUUUGAUUACGAGCAGAUGGAAAGUUUUAAAGUGCUGGUGUCAGCUAGAGAUAACGGUUCUCCUCCUCUGAGCAGUAACGUUACAGUGACUGUCUUAAUAAUGGAUGAGAAUGACAACACCCCUCAGAUAUUAUACCCCUCUCCGGACGGAAACUCCUUCAUGACCGAGAUGGUACCCAAAGCUGCGCAGGCGGGCUCCCUGGUGUCCAAGGUGAUCGCAGUGGACGCGGAUUCUGGACAGAACGCGUGGCUCUCCUAUCACAUUAUUAAAGCUAGUGAUCCUGGACUUUUUACUAUCGGUGUCCACAGCGGAGAGAUCAGGACACAGCGAGACCUUUCUGAAUCUGACAGCAUGAAACAAAACCUUAUUGUUUCCGUGAGAGAUAACGGACAACCCUCCCUCUCUGCCACAUGCGCAUUAUAUUUACUUAUAUCGGAUAACUUGGCUGAAGUUCCAGAACUGAAAGACGUGUCUCAUGACGAGAGCAGCUCCAAGCUCACUUUCUAUCUGAUAAUCGCGCUUGUGUCCGUUUCCACUUUCUUCUUGACUUUUAUUAUCAUCAUCCUGGCCGUGAGGUUUUGUCGCAGGAGAAAGCCCAGACUGUUGUUUGAUGGAGCUGUAGCCAUUCCCAGCGCGUUCCUCCCUCCAAAUUACGCAGAGGUGGAGGGCGCGGGAACUCUUCGCAGCGCGUACAAUUAUGACACAUACCUGACCACGGGCUCGCGCACGAGUGAUUUCAAGUUCGUCAGAUCUUAUAAUGAAGGCACAUUGACUGCUGACGUGACGCUGAAAAAGACUCCGUCUGCUGUAGAUGAUCUCGAGGGGCUUGAUGCAGACAUGAGUGAUUCAUUUCAGGUAAUAUUAAUGGUUUCUCUUUUUUGCCACAUCUCUAGUUAA